AGUGCUAAUUGCAUUAUGUGGGAUCGGGUACAUGACGGCUUUGCUUACGCCAUUAUGUGGGAUCUGUUACAUGACGGCUUUGCUUUCGCCAUUAUGUGGGAUCUCAGAGUUAAAUACUAUGGACAUGAAGCUGACUUUAACAUGAUUGUCAGUCCACACAUGGGGAUCAAAUGAACUUGCUGUAAUUGUUCGCUGGUUAAGUUUUACUCGAUUCCCCACCAUUUAAGUUGACCGACCUGAUGAACAGAUUUUGAAGCUCCCAGCCAUGAAGUCACUGAGCUUGAGAACCCUCCUUUUCUACUUGAUCGGGAUCCUCUUUUCUUACUUCAAGGAGGCCCUUUUCCGCCUCGGAGCUCCCUUCAAGCAUCGUCCACCACCCGAUUACAGCCUUGACUUCAAGGACUACAUGGCGCGCAAAGUGGCGGCAGUGAAUGAGGCCCUGGAUGCCGCAAAGUCACUGAGCUUGAGAACCCUCUUUUUCCACUUGAUCGAGAUCCUCUUUUCUUACUUCAUGAAGGCCCUUUGCCGCCUCGGAGCUCCCUUCAAGCAUCGUCCGCCACCCGACUACAGCCUUGACUUCAAGGACUACAUGGCGCGCAAAGUGGCGGCAGUGAAUGAGGCCCUGGAUGCCGCAAAGUCACUGAGCUUGAGAACCCUCUUUUUCCACUUGAUCGAGAUCCUCUGUUCUUACUUCAUGAAGGCCCUUUGCCGCCUCGGAGCUCCCUUCAAGCAUCGUCCGCCACCCGACUACAGCCUUGACUUCAAGGACUACAUGGCGCGCAAAGUGGCGGCAGUGAAUGAGGCCCUGGAUGCCGCAAAGUCACUGAGCUUGAGAACCCUCUUUUUCUACUUGAUCGAGAUCCUCUUUUCUUACUUCAUGGAGGCCCUUUGCCGCCUCGGAGCUCCCUUCAAGCAUCGUCCGCCACCCGACUACAGCCUUGACUUCAAGGACUACAUGGCACGCAAAGUGGCAGCAGUGAAUGAGGCCCUGGAUGCUGCGGUCCCCCUGCAUGCCCCACUCACGAUCCACGAGGCGAUGCGGUACUCCUUGCUUGCAGGUGGGAAGCGCCUGCGACCCAUCUUCUGCAUUGCUGCCAGUGAGCUCGUGGGUGGGACACAAUCCAAGGCCAUGCCCACUGCCUGCGCCCUCGAGAUGAUCCACACUAUGUCUCUCAUCCAGGACGACCUGCCCUGUAUGGACAACGAUGACCUGCGUCGAGGGAAGCCCACCAACCACAAGGUCUACGGGGAAGCAAUUGCGAUUUUGACCUCUGAUAGCCUUUUAGCAUUGGCAAUUGAGCAUUGCACCGAAAAAGCAAAUGGUAUGAAUCCCAUACUAAUUGUCCGAGCAAUCCAGGAAAUCGCAAGAUUGGCUGGAGCAAAGGGCAUCGUGGCGGGCCAAGAGGCGGAUAUAAGAUCUGAAGGAAUUUCCAAUGUGGAUCUGAAGGAGCUUGAGUUCAUCCACCAGCACAAGACUGCAGCCCUUUUCGAGGCAUCAGUAGUUCUUGGGGCAAUCAUAGGAGGUGGUUCCAGCAAGGAGGUUGAGAAACUGAGAAACUUUGGCAGGACCGCUGGGUUGCUGUUCCAGGUGGUGGACGACAUCUUGGACGUGACGAAGUCGACCCAGGAGCUGGGGAAAACUGCGGGGAAGGACUUGGUGGCUGGCAAAGUCACCUACCCGAAAUUGUUGGGGAUUGAUAAGUCGAGGGAGUAUGCCGAGGAGUUGGUGCGUGAAGCGUUGGGACAGUUGACGGGGUUCGAUCCUGACAAGGCAGCUCCACUGGUCGGUCUGAUAAAUUACGCUGCCAAUAGGCAGAGCUGAAAUAUUUCAGCUCUGUAUCAUUUCAUCUUGGCCAUCCAUUCCACGGUAUCUGUGGGGUGGAUGACCAAGCCAAAAUGAUUCGGAGAAAGAAGAAAAGUUCUUGUGUCCUCUGUAGGUUCGGUCCAUCGGCGGGGCCAUUGAUUUGUCUGAAAACAAGUAGUGGGGCUGGUUACGUUAAUUGUUUAGUGCCUAAUCAUCAACUGUAAUAAGCUGCUAAAGCUCCCUUGUCAAUUUAUCGUUUGCAGAAUUUGUCCUUCACAAAACCAUCCGGUCCAAUAACUUAUAUAUGAUCAUAUUGUAUAUGAUCGAAACAAAACUGAGUCGCCCCAGGACUGGCUGGAGCACGAGAUCACGCUCGUUAUUAUCGUACAAGAGCCUCCAUUUUGAUUUUCUGAAGGUACGGAGGAAGAUCUCUGAACGUUUGUGCCGGUGUAUUGGAUCGGGAUGGGAGACAUGUUCGUUUUUAGGGAGGGAUUUUAGUGGUCUAGUUAUUCCUAGCCACGCUCCUCUCGAGGAUGUUGCUAGUGGUCUAGUUUCUCAGGCAUGUUACAAAUUAGGUGCAGGCUCACACGUUAUGCGAGUUUUGAAAGUAAUUAAUAAAAUUUAGUCUA